AUGGCGGAUGCUCCCCGUUUGUCCUUGCAGCUGCUGGAGGCACUUCGCGAGGAGGAGCCACGGGCCGUGGAGGAGCUGCUGCACCUCGGGGCGGACCCCAACCUGGUGCUGGACGGCGGCGUGGCGGCGGUGCACCUGGCGGCCAGAGCAGGCCACCCGCGCGCCCUGCAUUGCCUCCGGAUGCUGCUGCGCCGGGGCGCCGACCCCAAUGCUCGGUCUUCCGAGGCACUGACGCCCAUGCACGUCGCCGCCGCAUGGGGCUGUCGAGAAGCCUUGGAGCUGCUGCUGAGUAGGGGGGGCGACCCCACUCUUCGAGACCAGGAUGGGCUACGACCCCUGGACUGGGCACUGCAGCAGGGACACCACAACUGUGCACACUUGCUGCGGGAGCUGGACACGUCCACCCGAACGCGGAAGGAGACCCCGGGUCCCACAGUGUCUCCUGGAGUCUCUCGGCAGCCAUGUGUGUCCUGGGACUCGGAGCUUCGCAUGUGCAGAGCUGAACCAUUGGUGGCUGCAGUGGACAAGGCUGCAGAGCUCCAGAGCCCUGAGGCUGCCAGGAGCCUGGACUACAGUAGUGAUGCCUCCUUCAUCACCGCGGUGGAGGACCCUCCACAGCCCUGGUGCCCUGCAGGGAUGCGAGGGCUGGUGGCCGACCCAGGGCUGUUCUGUGGGGCUGUAGAGACUGGGGAGGAGGCACCUAGCUGCCAGCUUCAGGCCCUGAAGGUGACCACAGAGGCCACUGACGUCCCUUCCCUACCAGGUGACAGGGACCUACGGGCCUCAUACCCCCACAGCCUGGUGUCCCCCAUGUCUGACCUGCAGCUGCUCCAGGCCCUUCGAGCACUGGGCCAAAGCCCUGGCCCUGUCACACCUUUCACCAGAGGACAUUACCUGCGGAGGCUACAGGAAGCCCAGGCUAGCCCUGCUGUUGCAGGGCACAGCCCAGAACUGUCCAAGGCACUGAAGACAGGCCACAUCCCAGACUGCCAGGCAGAUGAGGCCGCCUUGUCUCAGCACUUUGAGCGGCCAGCUCCCUCAAGAAGGUGGCAGGGAGGCAUUACAAAGUCCAGUUUUACAUAUCUUCUUCUGGACCCCAGGCUGACACAAGGCCUGCCUGCCCGAGCCUCCUCUCUCACACUGGUCGAGAGUCUGCAGUGUUUUGUGCGAGCCAUCUUCUAUGUGGGCAAGGGGACCCGUGCUCGGCCAGAUACCCACCUCUGGGAAGCCCUGGCCUACCGGGAUCAACCAGGGAAACAGGCCUGCCCCAAGGUUCGUAGGAUCUUAGACAUCUGGGACAGUGGGCGCGGUGUCAUCUCCCUGCAUUGCUUCCAGCAUGUGGUGGCUGUGGAGGCCUUCACACGGGAGGCUUGUCUGCUGGAUGCGCUCGGGAUUCAGACACUGACCAACCAGAAACAAGGCCACUACUACGGAGUUGUUGCCUAUUGGUCACCCCCACGGCGUCGACGUCUGGGAGUACACCUGCUGCAGCGUGCUCUGCUAAUCUUCCUGGCUGAGGGAGAGCGAGAGCUGCGGCCUCAGGACAUCCAGGACCGAGGCAGAGGAUGUGACCAUGAAGCCUGAGCCAUCAGGGUGUCUCAGCAUCCCGGGGCAGGUCCCUGUGUGUGUCCCCAGCUCUAGCUUCAGGGGACAUAAUUUGUGUGUGUGUAUGUGUGUGUGUACACGCACAUGUUUCCUUAGAAUGCAUGGUGCUUCUGGAUGGGCAGUGAGCUCCCAGUCAGGGGAGGACCAAGGCGAGGAGCAGAAGGUACUCUAGAACAUGCUACUUUGUCUCUGUGUUUCUUUUAUUUGUUUUAUGUAUAUGAAUGUUGUAUGCCUGCACACCAGAAGAGGGCACCAGAUCUCAGUAUUGAUAGUUGUGAGCCACUGUGUGGUUGCUGGGAAUUGAACACAGGACCUGUGGAAGAACAGCCAGUGCUGUUAACUGCUGAGCCAUCUCUCCAACCCUCCAUGUCUCAUUUUCUGAUCUAAGAGCUUGAGUGAGAGAUCAGGCUAGGUAGGCCUGGUAGUGGUGGUCCAGCCACUACCAUUACCAUCCCCCUCACCCCCACCCUGCUUUUGGAAGGCAGAGGAAGGGGAUUUCCUAGUUGGAAAUCAGCUGGGGAAUCUCAGAAUGGGGAUUGUAUUUGGUUAAAGGCUGUUGUGUGUUUGAUGGUGACAGUUGUUCCCUGUGGGUGUGUCCACAGUAUUGUUGAGGUCCCCACUGUGCUGUGGGAGAACAUCUCAGAUAAAGCAGAGCUGAAGGACUGACUGGGGACUGCGCAUGUGUUUCUCUUUGCUGUCCCAGGCCUGCCCCACUCCUUUAUGGCCCUGCACUGUCUCUAGCCCCUUGCCCUCUAAGCAUGCAACCUUAGCCAGCAUGAAGAUGUGGUCUGGAUGUGCCCCACCCACCUAUUCCUCACCCUUCUCCAUCACCAUGUGACUGCCUUUCUCCUCCAUAAGCUUCAGGAAGGUGCAGAGCAGGACCUGGCAGUCCUUCCUGCUGUCCACCCUUCAGCCCCUCACAGGAGGACGCCUGGGAUGGCCUGUCACUCCGCAGGAGACUCACCUGGUAUUCCUUCUCUCAGUCAACACCCUUUAAGCGCCUACAGUAUACCCGGAUAUAGGAUCUUUCAACCUUGGCUCUGCUGACAGUUAUGGUUGGGUUGUAGCUGUGGGGGCAUCAUCUUUGUUGUAGGGUGCUGGACAGUCUUCUUUGGUCCCAAUCCUCUGCAGAUGCCAGGGAAGCUCUGCCCUCCUCCCCCAGAAGGCUGCCCACCUGUUUUGGGCCACAUCCACCUGGAAGCUCCACUGAAGAAAACAGUCUCUUUCCAUAGUGCUCAGUGACCAUCCUGUUCCGGCACUGGCCACUCCCCGGAAGCCUGUUCACCUGUAGCCAGUGCUCAUUCAUAAACCAUACCCAAUUAAAACUGAGCCACAUCAAGGCUGUUGCCUAGAAGCCUCACUCACCCAGAGACCCUGUUCUCAUCAUUUUUGGCUGCUGCUUCAACAGGAGUGGCUUCAAACCAGCAAUCCUCCAGCCUCAAGGGCGAGCUGAGGGCUAAUUGUAGGCCGGGUACCCAGUUUUCAAGACAGGGUUUCUCUGUAGUUCUGAUUGAUGGGUGGUUUGCUGUGCUUAGACAGGGGAUGGCCCUCUCGUGGUCAUCAUGUCUUUUGUAAAUGUUUUGGUAGGUGUUGGUGGUGGAGGCCUGUGGUCCUGAUAGGAGGGUCAGGAGCUCAAGGCCCAGUUCAGCCAUAGAUUAUG